AUGUCCACUCAGGAAGCCAGUGGUAUACCUCCAUAUAAAUUGAAGAUUGACCUCGAUCAAUCUCAACCUUCUUCUCAACUCUUAACCAACAACCAUCCCAACUUCUCAACUUCACAGCCUCACACCAACACUCGACACCCUUUCACCACACAAAAGGCUUCUACUAAAAGCCCUUCCACAUAUUUCAUCACGUCUGUCUCCAACCUCUGCAAGGUCGCUCUCGUUGAUGUCAAGGCCUCUACCAUCAUCAACACUCCUGUCGACAUGGCCAACCCCAAGUGCUCCUGCCACUGCGGUUGCAACAACGUCGUCAUAUUCUCCGGAGGCAACCUCUGUGAGCCCUGCAACGACAACCACAACCAGUAG